AUGGGAUAUGUGUUUGCCGUGGCUCUUCAUCUCACACAGCUUCAGCUUUCCGCUGGCGUUGGAUCAUCAAGCCUCGAUCUUCUUCCUUCUAUUCUUCCUCCAGUCCUUAUACCUCCCAGUCUACGCCCAAUACCACCAGAUCCAAAUUGCUUUGAGGAGUCAAAUCGAUUGGCUUCGGAGAUCGAAGCUAUUCUGCGGUAA